AUGUCACAAGCAAGCAGUCUAUACAAGCAAAUAGUCUACGAUAUUGAAAUUUUAGCAGCUUGUACUUUAAUAAAUGUUGCGUUUGCCAAAAGCUCAAACCGUAGAACAAGAGAGGUGAAACAUGGUGAAACAACCUCAACACACCCUUCCUCUUUAGCCCAAGCAACAGAACUUAGAGACAGAUCUAAAUGCAAGUGGAGUAGGGAGAGCAGGGAUGCAAAAAUUUUCGGUCCCCGUAUCGGCUCCGACUCUGGCUCGACUCUGGCUCGACUCUGGCUCGACUCUGGCUCGACCCUGACUCGACCUGGCCCCGACUCUGCCCUGCCCCUGCUGUACCCCUAUUCCUCCAUGUAUUUAGUCGCACCUCGCCCCUGUUCCAAGUCCCCACGCACUCCCAUAUGCCUCUGA